AUGACGUUUAUCAGCUCCCUAAUACAGGCCGUGCAGCCAGAAGUGGUGCAAUGGCGACGUCACAUCCAUGAAAAUCCGUGCCUAAGCCAUAAAGAGCAACAAACAGCAGAUUAUGUUGAAUCCAUUCUGAGAAGCAUGCCCGCAAAGCUUGACAUCAGGCGGCUGACACCUAGUAGUGUCGUCGCUGACCUCCGCGGUGGGGCGGGUGAUGGACCUACGUACGCACUGCGCGCUGACAUGGACGCCCUUCCGCUGCAGGAAGAAAGUGGGGAGCCCUUCAGCUCAAAGCUACCGGGCGUGAUGCACGCGUGUGGUCAUGACGCCCACACAGCCAUUCUCCUUGGGGCUAUCAAGGUCUUGUGUCAUGUAAAAGACAAAAUAUGCGGCACUAUUCGGUUUAUCUUCCAGCAUGCCGAGGAGGUUAUUCCAAGUGGUGCAAAGCAACUUGUUCAGCUCGGUGUGCUGGACGGCGUUAAGAUGAUAUUUGGGCUUGCCGUUGACGUUUCCAACCCACCGGGAACAGUGCUGUGUAAGAGCGGUGUUUUAACAAGCGCAUGCAACGACUUUGACAUCGUGAUUCAGGGGGCUAGCGGACAUGCCUCACAGCCAGAAUUGUGCAUUGACCCCAUCGUAAUAGGCGCACAGGUGGUAAUGAGCCUCCAGACAAUUGUGUCAAGACGUAUAGGGGCACUUACAACACCUGUGCUAAGUAUAGCAACCUUUCAAGGCGGCAGGGGAGGCUACAACGUCAUUCCUGACACGGUGCAUCUACGUGGCACGCUGCGUUGCCUGGAUAGUGGGGUGCAGAAGCGGGUUCCGGCCAUGGUGGAGGAAAUCGUGGCAGGAAUUACCAGUGCCCACGGCGCUAAACACACGGUGAGCUGGCUAGAGCCCAAUAUCGUAACAUAUAAUAACGAAGCCGCAUACGACGUUGUGAAGCGGGUUGCAGAACACGUCGUUUCCGGUAUAACCUUUGUCGAGCUCCCAACGGCAAUGACGGGAGUAACGGACUUUGGUGAGUAUGGUGCUGUGAUACCUGGAUGUCUGUUUCUUCUUGGUGCAGGGAAUGAAACUAACAAUUCAGUGAGCAAUCAUAACUACAGCUCUCGGUUUAGGCUGAAUGAGAACGUCAUGGUGGAUGGAGUGAGGAUGUUCGUUGGGUUGAUGAUGACUCUUGCUGUUCCAGACGCUCCUAGUCCAGGAACGUAA